UUGAAACAAGCAGGGGGGCACGGACACACAACCCCCUGAGACAGUUGUCUUAGGGAUGUCAGGCCGGCGUACGGGAUCAGUUUUUGCCAGAGACAGGUGCGACAGGGAGGAGUAGUUUACAAAGCCCCACACAGGAUCUGGUAACGCACUAACGAGCCUCCUCUCUCCUCUGAUCACUCGGAUUUUUUUUGGAUCCAGCGGGACUCACAAUCGCCUCACACUGCCGUUGCUUGGCGGCACCUUCCCCACGAUAAUCAGAGACUCCGCCGUUGUGUUGCCAUGGCGACUGUGGCCCCUCCCUUCUUCCUGUUGUGCUGGCUGCUCCGAAUGGCCUGCUCAGCGUUCCCCGAGGAGCCGGGGCCCCUCAACUUCAUCCCAACUGAAGUCUCGAGAAGACACCCAGUGUUUCUGGGCCGACCCCACAGAACGUGGCUGAGACAGGAGCCGCUACACAUCCAGAGGAUCCUCCAAGUCAAUCGGACGCUCUACAUCGGAGCCAGGGAUGACCUUUUCCGCGUGGAGUUGGACAUCGUUGCAGGAGACGAGAUGUUCUACAGCAAGAAAAGGACGUGGGAGUCGAACAAGAAUGACAUCAGGAUCUGCAGGAUGAAGGGCAAGCAUGAGGAUGAAUGCCGUAAUUUCAUGAAGGUGCUGCUCAGCAGAGAAGGGGGUCUGUUCGUGUGUGGGACCAACGCCUUCAACCCGCUAUGUGCCAACUAUACCGGAGACACUCUGGAGAUGGUUGGAGACACAGUCAGCGGUAUGGCGAGAUGCCCCUAUGACCCCAAACAUGCAAAUGUAGCUCGAUUUGCAGAGGGGAAUCUGUUCACAGCCACAGUGACAGACUUCCUGGCCAUUGAUGCGGUGAUCUACCGUAGCCUUGGGGACAGUCCCGCUCUGCGCACCGUCAAGCACGACUCCAAGUGGUUCAGAGAGCCAUAUUUUGUCAGUGCUGUGGAGUGGGGACCUCACAUCUACUUCUUCUUCAGAGAGAUAGCCAUGGAGUUCAAUUACCUGGAGAAGGUGGUGGUGUCACGUGUGGCGCGGGUGUGCAAACGCGAUCUGGGAGGGUCUCAGCGCGUGCUGGAGAAGCAGUGGACGUCUUUCCUGAAGGCGAGACUGAACUGCUCCGUCCCCGGCGAUUCCCACUUCUACUUUAACCUGCUCCACUCCACCAGCCCCAUCAUCAGGAUGCAUGGCAGGGACAUAAUCCUGGGGGUGUUCUCCACACCGGCAAACAGCAUCCCAGGUUCAGCAGUGUGUGCCUUCGACAUGGAGCAGCUGGCUGGGGUGUUUGAAGGGAGAUUCAAGGAGCAGAAAUCACCUGAGUCUAUUUGGACGCCUGUUCCAGAUGAAGUCAUCCCGAAACCAAGACCCGGUGGCUGUGCUGUUCAAGGCUCCAGGUUUAAUUCCUCAAACUCAUUCCCUGAUGAGAUGCUCAAUUUCGUCAAGACCCACCCGCUGAUGGACGAAGCCGUCCCAUCACUCGGACAGAGACCCUGGAUUGUCAGGACCAUGGUCAGGUACCAGCUGAAUAAGAUUGUGGUGGAUACAGAAGCCGGGCCUUAUAGAAACCGGACCAUCUUGUUCCUCGGGUCGAGCAGAGGGACCAUUCUCAAGUUCCUCAUCAUGCCCAACCAGGACAACAGCGUGACCAACAGCAACAUCUUCCUGGAGGAACUGGAGGGAUUCAACCCUGAUAAGUGUGCUGAAGACUCUCCGCAGGCCAGGCAGCUGUUGUCUCUGACGCUGGACCGGGCGAGCCACACUCUGCUCCUCGCCUUCCCCUCCUGUGUGGUCAGAGUACCCGUGGCACGAUGCCAGCUCUACUCCCGAUGCAUGAAGAACUGUAUCGCCUCCAGGGAUCCUUAUUGUGGCUGGACCAGAGGAAGCACCUGCUCUUUCCUCAGACCUGGGACCAGACUGCCGUUCGAGCAAGAUGUUGAACAGGGAAACGUGGCCCACUUGGGUGACUGUGACGGAAUGCUGCUCCAAGAGAGUUUCAUCGAGGAGCCUGACGGCCUGGUAUCUGUAAACCUGCUGGUGGUGUCUGCAGUUUCAGCCUUCGCAACAGGAGCCAUCCUCUCCGGCCUCACCGUCUGCUGGAUCAUGAGUCACCGCCACCGCCACUCUCGAGGCUCCGGAGCCAACGGCGCCCGCCGCAAGAGUGACAAAGAGCAGAGCAUGCUGGGGCAGGGUCGCAGCGGGUCGGUGAUGAGCGUUACAAGGACCAGCGGCGGCGAGAGGCGUCGUUCACAGGCAGACAACCCCUUCGUCACGCCCAACGGCUGGCCCAAAGGAGAGAUGGACCCGGGCCUGCUGCCGACCCCGGAGCAGACUCCGCUGCAGCAGAAACGGGCCAUGCGUCUCCCCGACACCGACUGGGACCAGAGCCAGACCUUCCUCACAGCUGUGGGGACUCCCUGCCCCAACAACUCUGUCAUCUACCUGAGCUCCAAGUUCCUGCAUGGAGGCGGAGGGGGUGGAGGGAUGGUCCGGAUAGAGGACCCAGGGGAGGUCAUGCUGCCCCCGCACACGGAGCGCCAGCGCUACCUGAUCCUCGCCACGCAGAGAGGGGAGCACGGUGGCAGUCGUCCCAGCGGCACCAUGAGGAACUCAGCGGGCGAUUACAUCUACCCCGCCACGCCGCAGGACUCCCCUGACCGACGGAGGGUGGUGUCCGCUCCCACUCCCCACAUGGACUAUGGGGAGCCUCGCUGGAGUCACGAGGCGCUCAACUACAACAGCAACAACGGAGUGCCCUAUCACCCCCAGCGCCCGGGCCUCAUCAGGCCCGACAUGCACGGCCCUCGAGGGCUGGGAGAACUGGCUGACUUCAGCCAUCUUCUAGGGAAGAACAUGGGAGAGCGCACCCCCAGUGGCCAGUGAGGCAAAGUACGUGAGCCCUGGCACCAAGCUCUCUCUGAACACCCAUUCCCUCCAACAGCAGACUGGAAUAAAUCAACCCCUCAGACUCACUGUCCCGGUCCAACCUUACCCUGUCUGUCCUCUCUCACUGUCAUUCAAUGUUCUGACGUCAUUCAGCUGACCGAAGAGAGAGACAAACAGAGAGUUGAAAAAGAGGAGCCAACUCUCCUCACGUCUCGUUCCUGAGGUGCACCCCUCUGCGCUGUAAGUGGUACAACCUGCAGAGCUUGACUUUGACACCACAGGACAAACUGUAGCGUACAAAGAGGGGUGCAAAGGAAAGGGAAUCUUCUCAAUGGAGAGUGCGGAGAUUUAAAAAAAAAAAGACUAUUUCCCUUGCAGCGCCAAAUGUGAAAGGUCUCCCUCCACCACUUUGUUCACCGUUUUGACACCAUGGAUCUUCUUUGAACGUGAAAUUUUUGUUUCUGCUUUUGUUUUUUUGUGCCAGUGGCAUCCAGCAGACAACAAUGUGCUUUACUUUGGAUUUCAGAUGAGACUAAAACUGUUGUAGCCGUGCCAGAGGGCAUUGACUCUCAAUGAAUCAUGCAGUGUGUAUAUGAUUGUGUGCGUGGAUACGUGUGGCCACGACAACCCCAACAAGUGUCCUGUCUUGACUGUGAAGUAACUAUAUCAUGAAGUUUGUGAGGAGGUUGAAGUUAUUUUCCCUUUUUAUAAACAAUCACAGAGAGACAAAUUUUAUUACGUGUCUCUGUGUGUUUACCAAUCAGAGGUUGGAGCGGCUGACCAGUGGCUAGUGAAGGGUUCACACUCCCAUUGUCAUUUUUAGGAUUCCCAGUACCUCAGAGGCGGCGCUGGACAGAGCCAUCAUGAAGUGAAAGAAAGCAAUAAUAAAUAAGAAACAUAUAUAGAGAUGAAGAUGAAGCCAAUUUAAUUUGAUAUUUUAUAAUAAAAAAAAUGUUUUCUCCGCAAACUAAACUUAAGUUUAGAGAUGUCAGGAGGAGCUGGGCACUGGGAAAAGGAAGAAUAUCUCCCCUCCAUUCUUCCCUCUCGAGCUGCCUCUCAGUAUGCCUGGGUCUGUCUGACCUGACCUGAGGCCCCCACGGGCUCCGCAGU